CCCGGAUCAGACCGAGAGAUAAAAGCCCCGAUGGUGAUCGUGAGUGAUGGCAAGAGGAUUUAGCCUCGGCAUUAACUUAGAGCCGAGUGCAGGGGGGCAGUGAAGCUCCCCGCCAUCUGGCCCGCGCCGCGCCGGGGGGAUGCCCCGGCGCCCCCAGGAGCAGCCGCGAAGCCCACCCGGGCCCGGGGCUGCCCGGCGCGCGAGCGCGGGUCCUCCCGGAGCCGCCCAGGGGACCCAAAAAGUUUGCACUUGUUAGCGGCGACCUCCCGCUCGGCCCGGGCGGGCGAUGCGGGCGGCGCGGGCGGCCCCCUCCCCCGGCCCGCGUCCCCGGGACGGCUGCGGGCGGCCCCCCCGGCGGCCGGAGGGCUCCCCAGCCCCGAUCUGACGGCGGCGGCGCGGCGGCCACGGCGGCGGCGGCGGCGAGCGGAGCGGGGAAGGAGCACCGGCGCGCAGCCCUCCGGCCCUCGCCCCCACCCAGCGCCAUCAGAGGGGAGGCGCAGCGCCAGAGGGUGGCGGUCCUCGGCCUCCCGGGUCUCCGCUCCGGGAAGCCGCUCCGAGCCGGGGCUGGAGGCUUGUUACGCAGUUGUGUUGAGCACAUCACACAUUAAGGCCCUUUUAAAGACCUGGAUUGAUUGGAAGGACAAAAAUUAAAAGCAAUCUGAUCCAGCCCCAUGCCGGAUCCCUGCGGAUUUUCUCCUUAUCCCAUUUCCAUCCACUGUCACAAUUUGAGAGUCUGCUUGAUUUGAUCAGAUUCACCUCCGGGGGAGGUGGAAUGCCAAGGUUACAAGGACGCAAAGUUACGGGCCACUUUUUGAUCUGCCCAUCAGCAGUUUGAGAAACGCUGGCUCUGAAUUUUCUGUAUCGGCCUUUUGGAAAGAACGAGCUCCUCACUGUUUGCAAACCUGCAGUGCUUGAGGCUCUGGGACACCCCAGCUGCCGUUGCCGGUAGAUGUGGCCUUUCCAUGCUGAGGCUGCGAGUCCCAGCUGACCCCGCCGCUGCCUCUCCAGGGCCUCUCUGGGCCGUGCCCCUUCGGACUGAGGAGCCAUGCUGCACCUGCUGGCGCUCCUCCUGCACUGCCUCCCGCUGGCCUCUGGGGACUACGACAUCUGCAAAUCCUGGGUGACCACCGAUGAGGGCCCCACCUGGGAGUUCUACGCCUGCCAGCCCAAGGCCAUGCGCCUGAAGGACUAUGUCAAGGUGAAGGUGGAGCCCUCGGGCAUCACGUGUGGAGACCCCCCUGAGAGGUUCUGCUCCCAUGAGAACCCCUACCUGUGCAGCAACGAGUGCGACGCCUCCAACCCCGACCUGGCGCACCCGCCGCGGCUCAUGUUCGACCGGGAGGAGGAGGGGCUGGCCACCUACUGGCAGAGCAUCACGUGGAGCCGCUACCCGAGCCCGCUGGAAGCCAACAUCACCCUGUCGUGGAACAAGAGCGUGGAGCUGACGGACGACGUGGUGAUGACCUUCGAGUACGGCCGGCCCACAGUCAUGGUCCUGGAGAAGUCCCUGGACAACGGGCGCACGUGGCAGCCCUACCAGUUCUACGCCGAGGACUGCAUGGAGGCCUUCGGCAUGUCGGCCCGCCGCGCCCGCGACAUGUCGUCCUCCAGCGCCCACCGCGUGCUGUGCACCGAGGAGUACUCACGCUGGGCGGGCUCCAAGAAGGAGAAGCACGUGCGCUUCGAGGUGCGGGACCGCUUCGCCAUCUUCGCCGGCCCGGACCUGCGCAACAUGGACAACCUGUACACGCGGCUGGAGAGCGCCAAGGGCCUCAAGGACUUCUUCACGCUCACCGACCUGCGCAUGCGCCUGCUGCGCCCCGCGCUGGGUGGCACCUACGUGCAGCGCGAGAACCUCUACAAGUACUUCUACGCCAUCUCCAACAUCGAAGUCGUAGGCAGGUGCAAGUGCAACCUGCACGCCAACCUGUGCUCGGUGCGCGAGGGCAGCCUGCAGUGUGAGUGUGAGCACAACACCACGGGCCCGGACUGCGGCCGCUGCAAGAAGAACUUCCGCACGCGGGCCUGGCGUGCCGGCUCCUACCUGCCGCUGCCCCACGGCUCUCCCAACGCCUGUGCCGCUGCGGGCUCCGCCUUUGGCAGCCUCGGCAGGUCCCGGAAAGACCCCGUCCCCAAAGCCCCUGUGGCCACUGAGGCCACAAAUGGGGAGCCCAUCACUUCUGCCCCCUCCACAUCUACUGCCCAGGCCCUCAGAGUCCCCACUACCCCACUGCCCACAGAGUGGACCAGGCCAUCUACAGCUGCCCCCCUUGGGGAGAGCUCCCCCCAGCCCCAGAUUUCCUCCAGUGCAGAAGCUGCGGGCACUUCCGCUGCUGCCCCUGCCCCUGCUAAGGGCUCCAAACUAUUCCAGCUCAAGCCCAAAUCUCCUCAAGUGAUGCCUAUCGAAGAAUUCCAAGACUGUGAGUGCUACGGCCAUUCCAACCGCUGCAGCUACAUCGACUUCCUGAACGUGGUGACCUGCGUCAGCUGCAAGCACAACACCAGGGGCCAGCACUGCCAGCACUGCCGCCUGGGCUACUACCGCAACGGCUCGGCCGAGCUGGACGACGAGAACGUCUGCAUCGAGUGUAACUGCAACCAGAUCGGCUCCGUGCACGACCGGUGCAACGAGACGGGCUUCUGCGAGUGCCGCGAGGGCGCGGUGGGGCCCAAGUGUGACGACUGCCUCCCCACGCACUACUGGCGUCAGGGCUGCUACCCCAACGUGUGCGACGACGACCAGCUGCUCUGCCAGAACGGCGGCACCUGCGUGCAGAACCAGCGCUGCACCUGCCCGAGCGGCUACACCGGGGUGCGCUGCGAGCAGCCCCGCUGCGACCUCGCCGCCGACGACGGCGGCCUGGACUGCGACCGCGCGCCCGGGGCCGCCCCUCGCCCCGCCACCCUGCUCGGCUGCCUGCUGCUGCUGGGGCUGGCCGCUCGCCUGGGCUGCUGAGCCCCGCUCGGGACCCGCGGCCGAGGAAGGUGAAUCGCGCGCUCUGCGCCAGGCGCCCCGCGCUUCGCGUCCGGGGUCCGAGGGCCGGCGUCCAAGGCCGGGCGGCGACAAGGGUGCGGCCGAGCUGCUCCCAGGUGCUACUCCGCAGAGUCCUCCCGCCCUCCCGCUCCCGCCUCGCGGCUCGCGCCACCGGGCACUGCCCUCCCCGCGCAGCUGGGGCGCUGUGGGGUCCUGCCCCUGCAGUCUGCGGUUUUGGUUUUAGUUUUUCUUUUUUUAUUACCCACCGCCUCUUUAUUUUCUUUUUCUUUAUUUCUCUUUCUUUGCACUUUUCUUUGCUGUCGGUGAGACAGGGGGCCAGGAGACACGCUGCUCGCCCCAACCCCCAUCCGUCCCCAUCCGACAUACACGCAGGACUGUUGCAGACACCCCUGCGCCCGCCUGGCUGACCACCAGCCAGCGGCCCGGAGCUCCAGCUGCCUACCACUCCAGUCGCUGACUUGAUUCUCUUUUAUAUUCUUUCUUUAUUUUCCUUUGCAACCCACCAGACCCGGAGCCCCACAGCCGUCUGGUGACCAAGGAACUCACCGUCUGGGGUUGGGGUACAAAGAAGGGUUGGGAGGGAUGGAAACUUGGUUUUGUAGAGAACUAUUUUUGUUUGUAUUAACUGUCCCCUGUAGGGAGGGACUGGGUGGGCGCUGGUCACCGUGGGUGGCUAUGGUGUAUAACGAACGGAGUAAAGAGUGCUCACUGCUGCCUCUCAGGCCUGCUUUCUUUCUGUGUUGGUGGAUACCCAGUAGGUUUGGGGUUUAAGGAGGAACCCAAAAUAACUGUAAAGAAACGAUUUCCCUAUAAGGGCCACCACUUCCCUAGAUGGUCCUGUGAGGUUGAGCAGGUAACCCUCCUGGUAGGCUCCCCCAAACUGAGAGGUUGUACCCCUUUUCCCCACUCCACCCCCAAAUCUAGAGCAUCCCGGCCAGAGGAAGUGGCUCAUAGAGAAUUCUGGAAGGCCGAUUCUGAUGCUCUGAUCUGUGAUCCGUCUCUGCGGCUGUCCAGGAUGGGUGUGGCAUCUCAGACCUGUUGGAUCCCCGGCCUCAGGUUCAAUAUUGGGUCACGCCCCCCCACACGCACACCACACUGCUGCCUUGGCCUUGGCCUGCCUGGCCAGAGAGACCAGAGGUAGGCACAGCAGAGGCCCACCUCAGGCCACGCUCUUCCCUUACCUUCGGAGGACCAGGGAGGGGCAAAGGGGAGAGGAAGCGGCUGAGAAUUCAGGUUUGUCAACUUAGGUACUUUGCUCUCUGAGGACCCAACAGUCUCUGCAGCCGCUCAGCCUCUCCAGCCGUGGGGGUCACUCUCCGGCCCUUGGUGGCCCUGCCUCGCUUCCCAAGGCUUCCUCUCCUACCGGCUUACCUCUGAGCAGCACUACAGCUGGUCUUGGUUUCUGAUGGCUCUCCCUGCUCCUGCCAUCCCUGCUUGUGCUUCCUUCUCCAGCUGUCUGCUCUUUCCAGGCUGGGAAACUUAGACCUGGAUCUCUCUCAGGUUCCUGGAGUACAACUGGACCUGAGCUGAACAAAACUUGGCCUUGGGCAUAAUGAGAGAUUACAGCUGGGAGAAGGCCGAGCAGCAGGAUGGGUGUUAAGCAUGAUUUGAGGCCAAAUGCUGCCCCCUGCUGGCCUCCUCGACUGCAUUUGCAGCACCAGGUUGCCUGGGUCAGCUCCCAGCCCCAAGGAAGUGCCUUCCGUCAGGUCCCCUGCAGGUCCCCAGGCUCUGACCUCAUCUUCCUGUUCAGAGAACCACACUUAGAGGGGCCGAAGUGCCCAGGUGACAUAAAACACGUAUCUGGGGCCCCUCGUGGGACAGAGUGGUCAUGACACAGCUCUGGCCAACAAGGUAUAAACAGGAACGAUUGCUAGGGCUUCCAGAAAGUUCCUAAGAGUCCUCUCCUCUUCCCCACCCCCACGAAGCCUCAGUUGGACCCAUGUUGGACCCUGGCUCUCUCUUCUCUCUCACCCUGCUCUGCUUAGCCUGUCGGGGGUGGGAGGCAGGAGCCCUCUGGCAACCUUGAUACGAGCACAUCUCCCUCUGGAUGGUGGAGCCCAGAAGUGGCCACUGAAGAUCUAGCAGAGCUGGGGACACUACAGUGUUGCUUCCCCGUUCUGAUUGUGUGGGAAAAAAA